GUUUCUAAGCAGUUUUACCACACCUUUUGAUGCCUCCAAAGAAGAAGUGUACCCACAAGGCCAGGAAGGCAGAGCUGGUUUUCCUUGAGCAGCCAUGGGCAGGGCCCAUCCAUUGCUAUGAAGCUCCACUGCAUUUGGCUGAGAAUCCCAGACGCGUGCCUACAAAACGUGUGGACCUGAACACCUCUGCUGCCUGGGUGUGCCCACAAUUUGACACAACUAAGCCACUGGUGUUGAAAGCACGCCAGAAGAAGCAUCGUGGUCCUCAGAAGUCCUAUAAUCAGGAUGCCAACCACAGCUCAUUUCAUGCACGAGGAGCUGCAGCCUGCAGAUUUCCUCCUUUAACUUUUGAGAAUCCAAAAGGACAUGCGGUCCCUCCGUCGGAUGAUCCAAAUUGCUUGAGAAAGAAUGCACAGUGCUCUCCCAACCAGCCUAAGAAAGGGACAGCAGCAAAUGCCAACAUCCAGGUGAAGAGUCCAGAGGACUGUGGAGAGCCUGCUCCCCAGCCUGUGGAGCAAGAAGUCCCUAGUCCAUCAGAUGCAGAGGCUGCACAGGUUCCUUCCCCAAGGAACGGGAGAUGCAGCAACACUCUAUCACCGAGUAGUCACGCCUGGCACCCAGAAGAAGCGUUGCCACUUGGUACUGAUCCCUGUGGGAGAGGGGAGGCGGCAGUUCUGGUUACAGAUACUCCCGAGCACGAGUAUGGAAUGAAGGUCACCUGGCGGCGGCGGCCGCACAUAAUGAAGUACCUGCGGGAGCAGGGGAAGCUGAGCGCUGCGGACAUCCUGGUCAAGGCAAACAUGGAGCUCCCGAGGGGACAGCCCCACACCUGACCUGGCGGGAGCAGCGACUCGCUGCGUGCGAGGACACGC